AUGAUCGACCUUCGCAGUCAUGGUCUCAUCUUGGGGCUGAUUGUCCUUGUAGCUCUGGCUACGCCAGUAGCAGCUUUCGGAGCCGGCAACAUCGCCUCCAUUUCCAAAGUGGAAGGCCAAAACUGGCGACACGGUGAUAUCGAAGAUGCCCUCCUCACCCUGGCCAUGGCUCGAGCCAUGAAGCAUAGCAAGUUCAACAAGAUCAUGGUAUCCAGAGUGUACUUUGGCAACUGGCUCCGGGAUUAUUCCCAGGCCAUUGACGUUGGUACUGUCAAGACUGUUUCCGCCGAGGCUAUCCGACUCCUCCUUUGUGUGCUUGGGUUCUUGACCUUUGGCUAUGGCUCUGGCGAAUUCGAGGUUACCGCUGAUCGUCUCGGAUGCUAUCGCCCUGAGGAUCACAUCGACAACCCCAAGAACUACGCCGAUAAUCAAGAUGCCAGACAAUAUGACCGCCGGCUGCGAGGACCCAUCGAUGAGCGUAGAGAACUGUCCAUUGACCCCGAGUCCGGUAUGAAGAACUAUAUCGCCAACGAGCGUGCCGGAAUCAUGACUUCCGCUCAGCAUGUCAGAAAUCUGUUCAGUCGAUGCAUCGAGCUUGGCCGUAACUACAAGAAUGGUGGAAGAAAGGAGGAUUUAUACGAAUCCCUUCGUCUCAUGGGAACAGGUCUUCACUGCUUGGAAGAUUUUCUCGCCCAUAGCAACUACUGCGAGCUGGCUCUGAUCGAAAUGGGCGAGCGUGACGUCUUUCCUCACGUUGGUCAAGACACCCGUAUCCGUCUUCAAGGUGCCCGUGGUGAUGUUUACCCCAUUGUCACCGGUACUUUUGGCGGAGUUGACUUCCUCCACUCCGUUGUUGGUGAAGUAUCCGACAAGAUGACCCAGAAUGAGAUUGAAGAGCUUGAAGGUACCCUUCAGGACAGCAAGAACUCAGAUACGAGUUUGCUUCGAGACCUCCUAGACAAGAUCCCAGACGGCCUUUUCGGCGGGAAGAACCAAAAGAACCGAAUUGACGAGAUUCAAGACAAUGCUGCCUCAGCCCAAGUUCAGAAUAUGUCUGUCUCCCCACGAGAUCCAGAGGAAUUCACCGUCUAUGUCCAGCAGGUCUAUAAGCAGAUUAUGCCUGCCAUCGAGUUCCACGACGAUAUUAUGAAGAGCAUCACCUCAGCGGUUGAGAAGAUUCCCGUCUUGCCGAAGAUUAUCGAGCAAUUGGAAGAACAGCUGUCUCGGUUUGUCUUUUCCAUUAUGGCGCCAUUCGUUGUACCUCUUAUUCGACAGGUCAAGAAUGAGCUGGCAGCCGGCUCUGGCGAAGUUAUUCAUAGCAGUGAACAAGAGCAGCAUGUCGUUUUCAGUGACGAUCGAUCGACAGAUCCUACUCACUCCAUGUUGUCCAAGGAUCACUUUUCGAAUAUCCUGAACGAGAUUGCCGGCCGAACCGCGGCCAAGAUGAUCAGCUGGGUCGUCCCCCAAAUCAUGGAUGCAAUUGACGACGAUAACACCGACGUUAAUCGCCUUUGUGAUCGCGUCAUCAACGGUAUCUUGCAUCAUCCAGCUCAGAGAGACAUGGGUAGAGACGGGGUCACCGAAGCUCGUAAUACCAUGUUCAAUGAGGUGCGGUCCUGGUGGGGUGAGCUCGGUAACGAGCAGAACUCAUACCGCCAGAAGCUAUCUCGUGAAGGUGUCAAGAGGGGCGAAAAUCACAAGGAAGGUGUUGAUGACACCGGCCACGGCCAUGGUUGCGCUGGCAAGCUCAAAAUGCGAAAACUUUAUGGUGAGCCAGAUACUCUUGAGAACAAGAUUGCAGGGGCAGCGGCAGAUGCCAUUGUCUCUGGGGCUACGGGGAUGAUCUCGGGUAUUGUCGAGGAGAAUACUGGUUACAAGCUGCCUACGGGACAAGGCUCCCAGCAGCACCAGCAGGAGGAAGAGAAGGGCGGCCUCGAAGGCUUUUUGAGCAAGGCGGGCUCCAUUCUCGGCGGUGCUUUUGGCGGUGACGAGAAUACUGGGAGAGAUAGUCGCCGGAACGAUAAUGAAUCUUCCUACUCGCAGACCCAGUCGAGCUACGGACGCCAGGACAGCAGCUACAGCCAGAGUCAGCAGAGCAGUGGUUAUGGCUACAGUCAGCAGUCUAGUGGUUAUGGCCAGAGCCAGCAGAGUAGUAGCCGAUAUGACGAUGACAACCGCCGACGACGCGAUGAUGACGAGAACACGGGAUACAGUGGACGCCAGGAGUCCAACUAUGGCGGCAGCAGUGGAUAUGGUCGUCAAGAAUCCAGCCAUGGUGGCAAUACACACCACGGACGUCGUGAGGAGACUAACUAUGGCCGCCAGGAAAGCAGCUACGGCGGACAGGAGGAUAGCUACGGUGGCAACAACUACAGCCGACAGGAAAGCAGCUACGGUGGUCGUGAAGAGAGCAGUUAUGGCCGUCAGGAGAGCAGCUAUGGCGGACGAGAUGAUAGUUACAGCCGUCAGGAGAGUAGCUACGGCGGUAACGAAAGCUAUGGUCGCCAGGGAAGCAGCUACGGACGUCAGGAGAGCGGUUACGGCGGUAACAGUGGCUACGGCCGCGAAGAGAGCAGCUAUGGUGGCCGUGAGGAUGGCUAUGGUGGAAACAACCAGGGUCGUCGCGAUGACGAUUCAUAUGGCCGUCGCGGCGAGGAUUCAUAUAACCGCCGUGAUGAUGACGAUGACAACGAGGGCUAUGGCCGUCGCGAACACCAUGGACGUCGUCGUGACAAUGAAUACGGCGGCGGUGGUAGCGGCUACGGUUACUAG